AGGGAGGGGGAGGGGGGAGAAGGGAGCAGACGUGAGUCACACCGGGCGCGGGUAAACACCGAGCGCGCGACGGGAAGUCGAGUCAGUUCAGUAGUCGGCGGCGCAGCGCGCAGCGAGGAGUGAAACGUCGUUCGGCGGCUCGGUGAUUUGAACGCACUUCCAGACGGUUAACCUCCCUUGCGCGCGUGGAGGGGAGCGAGGGGUGGGGUUAGGGGGAUCGAGUGUGAAGUCCCCCGCCAUGUUCGCGCUCCGGACGGACGCCGUGGACCGCGCUCGUCCGCCGGCGAGUAUACCGACGACGACGCAGGCGCUCUGACGACGGCGAUGGAGCCGCGCGGGGAGGUGAACGCGACGGUGGUGGUGAAGCAGCUGGUGGCGCCGGGCGUCGAGCAGAGCUACGACGAGUUCCUCGCCGACGUGUGGGUGGGAGUUGUGCUGACGCUGAUGGUGCUGAGCUGCGUGUGCUGCGUGUGCUCCUGCCUGCUCUACCACAAGUUCAUGCAGUGGAAGCGACGAGUGCUCGUGAACCGCGCGCGGGCGGCGCGCGCCAUGGAGGCCGGGGACCGCGACGAGGAGUCCCUGCCGAGCUACACCCUGGUGUCCGGCCUGCCGUCCUACGACGAGGCCCUCGAGCAGCUGCGCGCGGUGCGCGAGCAGUGCAAGAUGGCCGCCAGGGCGCCGGAGAAGAAGGGAGGCGCGCCGCAGCAGCACCAGCAACACCAGCAGCAACCACCGCCGCCGACCACGACGCUGCGCCUCUCCGUCGCCGAGUUCCUCAGGACUUACAAGACCUACCCUCCCCUGUGAUCGUGACGAGGCUGGCUGCCGUCAGCGGUCCUGCGCCCGACUGUCUUUGUCGUCGGGAGACGCCAACACUGCGCGCGAGUCCACGGAGGAGUACAGAUUGUUCCGACCUACGGCCGGCAUUCUCACGGUCCUAUCAGGGUAGGGUGGGAGAAAUUUCCAGUUCGUUUGUACAUUCCAGAGCAAUAAAUUUAAACAUAACUGCUAGGGAUCGCUCCCUCUUUUUUUUUUUUUAUCGGGAAGGUACUAGAGCUUCAGCAAUGACCAGCGGCUAGGGCCACCAACCCAGCAUAGUCACCGCCUCAGCCCCCGUACCUCGCUCAGAUGACCAGACAGUUAGUUGGCCUAAGACUUUAUCAGCACUGCUGGCGCCUACCCCGAUCUCCCACAUCACACUGGGACCCCUUCAAAACACCCAGUGAACCCGGAGGAGUACAGGAGCACAAACACAUCAUUCGUGCCAACCCCCAGAACUGAACUGUCACGUUAAUGAUAACCACAUAAAACUAUAUGCUCUUCGCGAAGCAAACAUUUCUAAUUAAAACUCAUGGAAAGGCCUUAUUUGUUAGUCAUGGCUACAAAAAAAACGCUGGACGCUUUUAAUAGGCGAAUAACGACAAGAAAGAGAAACUGGAGGAACCCUGAGGCAGUCAGCCUGUAUCCCCCCCCUCCUCCCCUCCGAAAUUGAAACUCUUCCAGCGCCUCAGUGUGUGACUAUGAGAGACACAGAUGGGAAUCAUACAAAAACAAAUUUGGUAGUGUGUGCGAAGUGCAAACUUAUCAUCUUAUACAUAUGAUUUUGUUACCAGCGAAUUUUAAAAUCAUAUGUUGGACAUCACAAAUUUUGCUAUGGUUAUAAAAUUCUUGAUACGUAUUAUGAAACUUGAAUAAUUAUUUGAAUGAAAAUAACGAUUAAGACAAUGUUACAUAAUUGUUUUAUUGAAUAACGACAUUAUGUAAACAAUUUUAUAACUGUUAUUCGUUAGGUCUUACAUACAUUGUCCUGUAUUCUCUUCUGCCGAUUAUAUUAUAUUGAUUUUUUUAAUCUAUAUAAAAAGUACAUGGCUUGAUAAUGGAAAAUGAUUCGUGUAUGACAUAGUAAACCAAGUAUGAAAGUUUGUAAGUGGGUUUCUUUAGAAUGCUGAGUUCGUCUAUUUACCUGAAUAAGUUGUGUGCCUCUGAGCAAUUACAUCAAACUUAUGUUCAGCCCGCAUUUGUGGUAAAGUGUUUGCAACAAAAUAUUUUCAAUUAAGUAAAGCCGAAUCAAUUUAAAGUGUAGGUACAUGAAUAUGUUAUUUUUAACAUAUUAUAUACAUUUGGUUGAGCUUUAGCAAGGUGAUAUUAAUUUUGCAGACUUUAAUGUUCUUGUAGAAAUGUAAAAUUGGAUUAAGUCAGUUCAUUUUGUAUUAUACACUUCACAUACUGUGGUAAAAUCAAACUCAACAGCCAUUCGUUGAGUUGCUAGAUUUCUAAUCACCCAAGAAAUCUAUGUUUUCUAGUGACAGAGUAUUGCAAAUAUUCAACAUAAACAUUUGUAAUUAAUAUCGAGUUCAUACUCUGUACUUACUAUGGUACGUACAUGUUGUUUCUUUUCAAUUAUAUUGUCUCUUUUCUGACGAGAAAAUAAAUUGAUGAAAAAUGUUAA